AUGUGCCAGAAAGGGCAACCUGUGCCAAGUUGUGCGGAUCAGGUGGUCCGUUAUGGGUUUGGUCCAUUUCGAAAAUACCUGGUCAAUCCAAGUUGGGAAGCAGUUAAGGGUUUAAAGAGAAUGGGCCUUGGAGACAACUUUGAGAUUCACAUUGUAGAGAUUCCUGUGUGUUACUCAAAAGCACAACAAACCAUUGCUGAAAUAUGGCAAAAUCUGAAACCAAAGGUUGCUAUCCAUGUGGGCAUAGCCUCAGGAGCCAAAUGCAUUAUUCUGGAACAGACAGGCAAGAACAGUGGCUAUAAGGACAGAGAUGCGUGUGGCGUCUGCCCAGUUGAUAACUGCUGUAUUCGAGAAGGGGAAGAACGACUGGACUCCAUCAUAGACAUGAGGUUAAUUGCCAAGUGCUUAAAAGGACUUGGACUGGAUGUGAUCUACUCUAGGGAUGCUGGGAGGUAUUUGUGUGAUUUUGUACACUACCUCUCCCUCCAUUAUGGGCAGAGGAGAGCAGCACUCAUUCAUGUGCCUGCCUGUGGCAGUCUGGCAAGCCCAGAACAACUGGUGCCUCAGCUUCAGACCAUUAUUCAGGUCAUGUUAUGCCAGCUUGACCCACAAAGGAUUUGACCUACAGUAAAGCAUCAGA